GUGGAGACGCCAGACGUUUCCUUCUGCUCCGGUGCGUGAGGGGUUCGUACCGUUUGAUUGCGCGGACGUGGGGCCCGAAAGCUGAUCCAAGAGAAGGCUUACCUGUCCUAUGUGAACUUAAUUUAUAAGCCAUCAAAAUGGAUGUCGUCGCCACAGAUGUCGUUGACCCCAAGUCUGACAUCUGUCUCACGAGCGAUCCACAGCAGUCCCAAACAAAGAGUGACCUCACAUCCUGUAUAGCUGAUGGAGUGGUGGACAAAGGGCCAGCAGAAAGCCUUCCCCCCCAGACCGGUCUGGCCCCCGGGGGCCAGUCACUGGUCCGUGAGACUGGUCCCCCUGGCCGGGUACUGGUCUGUGCGACUGGUUCCACUGGUCAGGGACUGGUACGUGAGAAUGGUUCCCAUGGUCAGGCCUUCACCAAGAAACCUCCGGUCGGUAUGGAUGACUCCUAUGAAGUCACCUGGACAGUAGACUUCGCCGUAGCUGUCCCCAGAGGUGUGGAGGAGGUGAAGCGUGAAGGGAGGGGCCCCCGGGCUGAGGCCCCGUCCGAGGGGCCCCCCAAACCCCAGUCCUACUACCACCUGGAGGCCCGCCUGCUGCCGGGGCCCACGGAGCCGCUCAAGGCCGACCUCGUCGUGAUGGGGCCCGUCGUCCGGAUAUACAGGGACAACGAGUCCAAGACCUUGAGGACGUGGUGUGAGGGGGACCGGAUGUGGGUCAACUGGUCCCACUCCUUCAGGGUCUCCGUCACCAGAGAGCUCCUGGAGGCCCUGCUCUCCCACACCAUCCUCCUCCGCGUCGUGGAGGGCCGGGAGAAGGUGGGCAGCCGGGCCCGCAACGACCGGCCCAAAGCCUUCAGGCCCCUGCUGGCUCGCUCAGAGGACGACGCCGACGGCUGUGUUGUUGUCAGGGACAGGGUGUCCUGGCUGAGGGAGGUUACUGAGAGAGACCCCUCAAAAAUGUCCAAGAAGAAGAAGAGCCAUACCAAAGCAGAAAUACAAAGACCUCCCGAAGAGGAAAGCCACAAGCUAGGACGCAGUGUGAAACCACAGGAACAAAGCAAGGACACCAUAACAUUAGCCAAUCAAAACAACAAGACUUUGGCUGCAUCUCACAAAAGUGGUCUUCAGCCAUACGAAAAAGCUUUGGACCUUGAGAACAUCAAGAAGAACGGCCUCGCUUGGGUUGAGUGUCGACCAAAUUGUCUUGUGGCAGGAGUGACCUCAUUGGCCGUGAGAUUCUCUGUUGUCCGUCCGUCUGCUGUGUUUGAGGCGCUGUGUAACAUCUCACUGGACCGGGCCUUGAUGUCAGAACAGCUCAAGGCCGAACUCAACCCGCUGGUCAUCACAAUCCUGUCGGCAAACUCCCUGCCUUCCACCCCCAUCCCUUUCCCCGUGCUCCGGGAGAAAUGCCUGCCCGUGUACUGCCAGUACCAGUUCCACGAAUCGAAGAUGCACAAGACGAAGCCUCAGCGCCACGGCGAGCACGUCCACUUCGACGACGUGCUGGUGGUAAUGGCGGGCUCCAUGGGUCAGGGCGGGCUGCGUCAGUACCUCACGGGCCCCCCGCUGGAGAUCCAAGUCCACGACCGCGACAGGAAGCCGCAGCAAGCGCCCGUUAGCUCCGGGCUGUUCGGGACCCGGCCGGACGACGGCCAGCUGAGCAGCGUGGCCUUCGUGGCUCGGAAGCGCACCGCCCAAGACCCUGCUGUCAACCAGGUGUACGAGUCUUACGGCGUAGCACACCUGGACCUCUCGGGGCUGGUGUUGGGCCAGAGGAGCUUCAAGGUGACCCUUCCGAUCAGGAGCGGGCCUCCGCCUCAGCUGCUGGGCAGAGAGAGGCCCAUGUGGGAGAGGAAGAUGAUGGACCUGCCGGGCGAUGCCGAUGGCCGUGGGAAGCAGCCCUUGGAGCAGGGGCAUUACUUUGACUCCAACGCUCACCUCAAAGUCAAGGUGGAACUGGCGCAUCCCCUGUUGUGGGACGCAGACCCCGCCGUCGGAUCUGAAGAACAUCCGGCGUUCGGCCGCAUGGUUUUCGUUUUUGGUUCCAACAACGUCGACGUGUUGACCAAGCUGAGGUCGGAGAUUCUGAAGAUCAACGCGGCGGCGUUCAACAUCGGCUCUUGCUCGUCCGUGUCCCUCGACAGGGUUCUGUCCGAAUACCCGUUGAGUCCGGAGGAGAGCGAGAGCAAAGAGCUGGAUUUUGUCACGGGGUUCCACGUGCAGGACGAGCAGAGGCACCUGGUCGUGGUCGAAGGACUGAGACACAAAGCAGUGAAGCUCCUCUGGGAGACCAUCCCUCAAAAGCUCGGCGGAUGCACGGAGGAGCAGGUGAGGGUUCUCUACUCCUCAGGCAUGGGUUUCUUCAAGCGUAUCUACGGCUCGCUGGACGUGGGGCUGAGUCCUGUUCAUCUUCACCGGCCCCUGGAGGACAUCAUGGGGAACCCCCAGGUCUACAUCAGGGACAUGCUGCCCCUCUCCACCUUCCAGGCCCUGACCCGGCUGAGCCAGCUGUGUCAGGCGAGCAGGUUGCUGGAGGCGGUGCGUGGCGACCUGCUCCCCACGGUGGAUAUGAUUCGCAGCGUCAGCAGAGACCUGGGCACGGUUCCUGGGAGGACGGAGCAAGAGAUCCGAGUGGAGGAGGAGGAGGAGGAGGUGGUGGGGAACACAGAGGUCUUCUCCUCCCUGUCUGCCAGGGAGAGGAGGUGUGUGCCCCUAGACAUGAAUAACACAGAGUUCAAGGAAUGGAAGAAGAGGAUCAAACACACCCUCGACUAUGUUAAGGAGAACAUCAGGGAAGUCCAACUCAGGAGCGGCCAGAUUCAGAAGCCCAGGCGGGCUGAGUUCGGCCCAGAGCCUGCCGAGUUUAGCCAGGUGCACAACUACAGCAUCCAGACCUUCAACUCACACAGGAGGGGCUUGGAGCUGCUGCGUGAGGCGAUGGCUAAGGAGCCCGGCCGAAGGUUCACGUACAGCCAGUUGUACCAGAGUGCUACGCUGGAACCAGGCGGUUUCACCCACGUUCCUCGGGGCACCGGCGCCGCCUUCGACUUCUCCUCCCCCCGCGAGCACCCCCCGCACCCAGACCAGGCGCGUGUGGAGGAGCUGAGAAAGCCCUGGGAGGAGAACAUCCUCCACGCCAACACCCUUCGUUCCCCGCUGACCCGGGACCAGUGGCCGUGGUGCCGACGGUCGCUGGACUUCCAGCUCUACCCCAGCGCGCCCCCCUACUUCGGACCGCCUCCCCCCGUCCCCGCCCGCCUGGCCAGUACGUAUGGCGCCUCAUGAGGGCAGCUCUUCCCUGAUUGGUUCUGGGAAUCCAUCUUGCCCGUCAUCCACUCUCUGUGUGUGUGUGUGUGUGUGUGUGUGUGUGUGUGUGUGUGUGUGUGUGUGUGUGUGUGUGUGUGUGUGUGUGUGUGUGUGUGUGUGUGUGUGUGUGUGUGUGUGUGUGUGUGUGUGAGAGAAAUCAAAA